UAUUUCGCCUAUAAAUUGGAUUUCACCUCCACCGCACCAAUCUCCGUAUUGAACCCUAGCAUCAGAGAACAGAAAAACAAACUGAGAAAAUGUGUGGCGGUGCUAUAAUUUCCGAUUUUACCCCUUUCGUCACCAAGGCCAAGGGUAGGAAGCUCACGGCGGAGGAACUCUGGUCAGAGCUCGAUGCUUCCGCCGGCGAUGACUUCUGGGGUUUCGAUCCCACCUCCAAGCUUCGAUCCACCAAACAAGCGAGUGUGAAAGAGGAGGCGGCGGCGGAGAAGGAGCCGACGACGACGGAGAAACGUAGGAAGAGGAAGAACGUUUACAGAGGGAUACGCAAGCGGCCGUGGGGAAAAUGGGCGGCGGAGAUUCGAGAUCCGCGAAAAGGAGUCAGAGUUUGGCUUGGGACGUUCAACACGGCGGAGGAAGCCGCUAUGGCUUAUGACGCUGCGGCGAAGCGGAUCCGCGGCGAUAAAGCCAAGCUCAACUUCCCAGAUCUUCUUCAUCAUCCUCCCCCGCCGUCACCUCCACGAUCGAUUGAUCAGCCUCCGGCGAAGAAGCUCUGCGUUUCCUCCCAGAGCGAGUUAACUCAGCCGAUUUACCCGGUUGAUUGCAUUGGAUUUGGGAAUGGGGACGAGUUUCAGGAACCGAGUUACGCGUUUGAUUACGAUCUGAAACAGCAGAUAUCGAGCUUGGAGUCGUUCCUUGAGCUUGACGGUAACACGGUAGAGCAACCGAGUCAACUCGACGAGUCCAUCUCCGAGGUGGUGGAUAUGUGGAUGCUUGAUGAUGUCAUCGAUCGCCUCGUAUGAAUAAAUCAAGUAAUAAUAAUUUGAAAAAUCAAAUCAAAUAAAGUCUGUAAUAUAAUGUAUGUGUAACCGCCGUUAGUUUUUAAGAUGUCAUUGGUACAUGAGACUGCUAAUGAUACGUGUUGCGCCGUGUGUAGUGAAUGUUUGGCGUUAUUUCGACUCAAAUCGAGCGUUAUAUUGCCGUUUGU